AAAGAAAAGAAAAUACCUCAUCAAAUAAGUCUUCUGCCAUAUACUCCCAAGACACAACGCUCCACUUUUCCGAAACCUACUCUUCAGAUCUUCAAUCAGGCCUUCAAUAUAUUUUAUAAAUUCCUGGGAAUAUGAUCUAAUCAUUGAAAUAUAACCACUGCAGUAUACAAAAUGUCUCGAAGGUAUGACAGUCGUACAACAAUCUUCUCUCCUGAAGGCCGCCUCUAUCAGGUAGAAUAUGCGAUGGAGGCCAUUGGGAAUGCAGGAAGUGCCAUAGGAAUAUUGUCCAAAGAUGGGGUUGUGUUGGUUGGAGAAAAGAAAGUGACUUCCAAGCUCCUACAGACCUCAGCAUCCACAGAGAAGAUGUACAAGAUUGAUGACCAUGUCGCAUGUGCUGUGGCUGGAAUUAUGUCUGAUGCCAACAUCCUUAUUAACACUGCCAGAGUCCAAGCUCAGCGAUAUACCUAUGCUUAUCAAGAACCAAUGCCAGUUGAACAGCUAGUUCAGUCUUUGUGCGACACCAAGCAAGGCUACACUCAGUUUGGUGGGCUCCGUCCAUUUGGUGUCUCUUUCCUUUUUGCAGGUUGGGAUAAAAAUUAUGGGUUCCAGCUCUACAUGAGUGACCCAAGUGGGAAUUACAGCGGUUGGAAGGCUGCAGCAAUUGGAUCAAACAAUCAGGCAGCUCAAUCGAUGCUUAAGCAGGACUACAAAGAUGAAAUUACAAGGGAAGAGGCCGUUCAGCUUGCUCUGAAGGUACUCAGCAAGACAAUGGACAGCACUAGUCUUACUUCAGAGAAACUUGAAUUGGCUGAGGUUUUCCUUUCUAAUGGAAAAGUGAAGUAUCAGGUCUGCUCACCAGGAGCCUUGAGCAAGUUGUUAGUGAAGUUUGGAGUCACUCAACCUGCAGCCGAUGCCUCUUAAUAACUCUAUUUUCCUUUGUUUCGAGAACGCUUUAUCUGCUGCGUUUGGUUAUGUUUUUAUUGGAGAUACGACCCAAGAAUUAUAUGUUGAAUUGUUAUUGUGUUACAAUUACUUCUCUCUCUCUCUCUCUCUCUCUCUCUCUCAAUGAUCAUAUGAACUUUUGCUGUCUA